AUGGCCUCCUCGACAAAGUACCAACCCGCGCCUCAGAGCGACCCCGACGACUACACCCACGCUCCCCCCGCCUACGCCGAGGGUUCGUCCUCUCGCGACGAGACGCAGGGUCUCUUUGGUGCACCCCGCAACAGCGAGGACAACCUUCCCGAUGACUUCAAGUUUGGCGGCUCCGUGGCCGAAGCUACCGUCGACAUCCGCAACCAGUUCGUCCGCAAGGUCUACACCAUCCUCACCGUCCAGCUCCUCGCCACCGCCGGUGUGAGCUCCCUCACCUUCUUCAGCGCUGGCUACAAGGAAUGGAUCCAGGGCCACCCCGGCGUUGUCUGGGCUUCGCUCUUCGGUGCCAUGAUCUUCAUGGGCCUGACCUACUGGAAGCGCAAGUCUUACCCGACCAACCUCCUCUUCCUCUCUCUGUUCACCCUCGCCGAGGCCUACACCAUCUCCGUCAUCGUAUCCUUCUACAAGACGUCCAUCGUUCUCAACGCCGUUGUCCUCACCGCGGGAAUCUUCGUCUUCCUCACUCUCUUCGCCUGCCAGACAAAGUACGACUUUACCUCAUGGAUGCCCUACCUCUUCGGCGCUCUCUGGGGUCUCGUCAUCUUUGGCUUCAUGGCCAUGUUCUUCCCCUACAGCUCCACCGGUGAGCUCAUCUACGGUGGUCUUGCGGCUCUCAUCUUUAGCGGCUACAUCCUCGUCGACACCCAGCUCGUUCUCCGUCAUCACCAUGUCGAAGAGGAGAUUGCCGCUGCUAUCAGCCUGUACCUGGACAUUAUCAACCUCUUCCUCGCCAUUCUGCGCAUUCUCAACAGCCAGUCUAACAACUAA